GUAGCAGUUGUUAUGGCACUCCGCCUCUAGGGCCAGUCGCGUACGGACGUGUCGUGCGUCGCGUAGAUAACGUUAACCGCAAACUCGCGUGUAGUGUUCGUGCGUUCGAUAUUUAAAUUUCGGAUAUUUCAUAAUCUGUGACUCUAGUUUUUAUGUGCUCGAUAUGAAUCAAUAGAGAAACGAAAUUAUUUUUUUUUACGUUUUGAAUUUGGAAUAUAAAAUCUUUUUAAAUGAUGGGCGUAAGCAGCUGCAUGAGCGUCCGGCAGGCGAGGGGACCGUGCCAUUGCCCCGCUUGCCCUAGGGCUUCGGGCCAUGGGGCUCAGUUGCCGCCACCGACGCUCGUGCUGCCCCCAAUGGCCCUUGAACCGGAGACGACCCCCGUCAAAGACAAAAAGGGGUCUAAAAUGAAAGUGCUGAAGAAAAUUAAGAAAAAAAUUGGACUCGCGCCCCGCACUUCCUGUACUGGAGGGACACCCAACAAUCUGCCGCCCCUCGGCUUCCACAGCGUCCACGGUGAAAACAUCAGGGUAUCUCGCGAUGGUUCGAUAGCGAGACGCGUGGAGAGUUUCUGCAAGGGUGUCGCGUUCAGUGCCCGGCCGGUUAGAGUCAAUGAAAAGGUGUGCAUCCGAUUUGUGGGGAUCUCCAACAGCUGGAGUGGAGUCAUACGUUUCGGGUUCACCACCCACGAUCCAGCCACAUUAGCCCACGCGCUCCCCAAAUACGCCUGCCCAGACCUCACCAACAAACCAGGAAACUGGGCUAAAGCUCUAGGCGAAAGAUUUUGCGAAAAAGACAACAUUUUGUAUUACUACGUCAAUUCCGCCGGAGAUGUCCAUUUCGGGAUCAACGGGGAGGACAAAGGGCUGUUUUUCUCAGGGGUCGACACAAGAAACCCACUAUGGGCUUUGGUAGAUGUAUACGGAAACUGCAUGGCAGUCCAAUUCGCUGAUCCCCGAGUGCCGAACCAAAUUAGAAGACCUAAUCAAAGUCCGAUAGAAGAAGACCGAUUAGUCGGAAACAUGAGGUCGUUAAGCAUCGAGGAGGCGCUGCCACCACCGAGGUAUUCGAAUCCCCUCGUACCUCUAAGUCUACACAGAACAAAAGGAAGAAACGUCCAGUUCAUAAACGAUAGAGGUGUAGCAGCGAGAACUGAAGCUGAGUUCUGUCAAGGUUACGUGUUCACUGCUCGCCCGAUGGGACCCGGACAAACGAUCGUCGUCCAAAUACUAGCAACGGAAUCGGCAUACGCUGGAAGUCUGUCGAUAGGUCUAACAUCUUGUGACCCAGCGACUCUGAGACCUUGCGAUUUACCUGACGAUGCGGAGUUGUUACUGGACCGUCCUGAGUAUUGGGUAGUUAGGAGAGACGCGGCAAACGGUCUUAGAAGAGGCGACGAGUUGGCCGUCACUCUAACUUUAGACGGUGAAGUCCGUGUGAGCAGAAAUGGGUCCUCACCCGUUACGGUUAUGCACGUGGAUCACACUUUGAGGUUAUGGGCGUUUGUGGAUAUAUAUGGAGCGACACAAAAGGUUAGAAUGCUGAGCUCUCAAGUAGCUCAGCCGGCGCAGACGCCACCGCAGCAGUUGAGGGUUUUGACCGGGUCUGCAGCCCCGAUAACAACAGGAGCUGGAGGGACGGUGCUUGUCGUGAGUCUACCGCCGCAGAACGGUGCUCAGAACGCCGCCAAUCAGCAAGGAUUGACGCUAGCCAGCGCUCAUUAUAUUGAGCCAAUUCAGGCAUCAUCUCAGCUCUGCCUGGCUGGCCUCCAGCCGAUAUCAAGUCCCCCAAUAGCCCCUAUACAGCAGCAGUUCCAACGGCCAAGAACGGACGCUCAGUGUUCAUCGACCAGCCAAAACAACUGCAACGAACAGGUCCAAAUACCCAACGGUCACACGGAACCUCUAAGACUUGCUGAUAGACUCCAAAAUGGGCCUUCCACCAGCAGAGCGCAUAAUAUAUACUCUGUUAUCGGUGAAGGGAAUUUGACAGGUACCGAAUGCACUAUUUGCUAUGAGAAUCCGAUAGAUAGCGUCCUAUAUAUGUGUGGACACAUGUGCAUGUGCUAUAGAUGUGCCGUUCAGCAGUGGAGGGGGAAGGGGGGAGGUCAAUGCCCCCUCUGCCGCGCACAGAUUAAAGACGUAAUACGCACAUACAAGUCCUGAUGUGUUAACCGUCUGUUAUGCCAAAUAUUUGAGGUUAUGUAUUAUAUUAUCUGUGCUGUUCUUUUGGCGCCAAUUUCACGUACGUGCAUCUAGUAUGAAAGGAUUGUUUAUGGUUGUAUGUAGGUUUUUAUUUAUAAGUUGGCGCUAUUGUUGAUGACAGAUUAAUGGACUAUGAUGCAAAUAGAUUUUAUGAGCGAGUCAGAAAUAUUGCUCCUAAUGUGUACACGAAAGAGAUAGCAAUAUUUUAGUCGCGUAUAAAACAUAUGUCAUAAUUUUUAUUGUUCAUAAUGUUUACAAAAUCUAUUUGUCAUUCAGCGUUCUAUUGUACUCACAUAAAAUUGGCGCCAUUUUGAAUUCGGAACGCUAGGGAAAUAUUGCGUUGCCAUUAAAGGAUCUGUUAAUAUGACUGUAUGGAUUAAUAUCUUUGCUUUGCUCUAUGACAGAAAAAUUUAAUACGGCGGCCAUUUUGUUAUUGGAUAUUGCCAAAUAUAAAAAAAGUUAGCAAUAUUUUAAUGACGUUCCAACAUGUAUGUUUUAGUAAUAGGUAUACUGAUAUUCAAUGCACUAGUGUAUAUUUUUGAUUUAGUUAAUAUAAGUUAAGUACAUAUUAGUGGAAAUAUCAUAAAUAAUAUAUAAAUCAAUAUAUCUAGGUGUUUUUAGGUUCGCUUGUUAGAAAAAUUUGAUUUUGGAAUAAUAUAAAAAUUGACAAUUAUUUUAGGUUAUAAUUUGAAAUGUUAUUAAAAAGCACGGAAUCUCAGAAAAAAUUAAUCAAUUUGCACUUAAUUCGAAACUCCGAAUGUUAAAUGUUUUUUUUACUUCUACAUGAGACGCUCAGGAAAUGAUGAGUGAAUUGACCAAAACUCCGAAUGUUAAA